UUCUCACACGUAUUCUUUAUCCCCUCCUCCAUUCUUUCCCUCUCUAAACCCUUCACCACAAGCUACCCAUUUUCAUACAAAUAUACGUACACACACAUAUUCAACACAUUCAACUACGUGUAUACACACACACACACACACACACACAGCCCGUACGUACGAAGAAGGAAACCAAAAGAGAAUGGCGGUGACGGGAGAAGAUAGAUCCGAGAUAGCAUUCUUCGACGUGGAAACAACAGUCCCGACCCGACCCGGACAGGGUUUUGCCAUUCUGGAAUUCGGAUCCAUUCUGGUAUGCCCCAAGAAGCUCGUGGAGCUCCACAAUUACUCGACCCUGAUCCGACCCGCCGACCUCUCACACAUCUCUUCUCUCUCAGUCCGAUGCAACGGCAUUACUAAAGACGCCGUCGUUUCGGCCCCCACUUUUGCUGAUAUUGCUGAUUCCGUCUACGAAAUCCUCCACGGAAGAAUAUGGGCAGGUCAUAAUAUAUUGAGAUUCGAUUGCGCCCGUAUAAGAGAGGCAUUUGCUGAGAUUAACAGGCCAGCUCCAGAGCCUAAAGGAACUAUUGAUUCACUUGCACUCUUAACACAAAAGUUUGGAAGGAGAGCUGGCGACAUGAAGAUGGCAACUCUCGCAACAUAUUUCGGGCUUGGCCAGCAAACACAUAGGAGUUUGGAUGAUGUUCGCAUGAAUCUCGAAGUCCUCAAGUACUGUGCAACUGUUCUAUUUUUGGAAUCGAGCCUCCCAGAUAUAUUUACCGACAACAGCUGGGUUUCUCCCAAUGCCACCACGGGAAGUCGAAGCAACGGAAAAAGUCGCAUCGAGCACGCCGGGCAAUCAUCAUCGUCAAAUGCCAAGGUCGAUCAUCGUUCAGAAUCAUCUCCACCACAGCACACAGUAGAGAAAAACCAUCCAAUACUAUCGUUGGCGACACGCGAAACUGAUGAUGUAAAUUCCAAUACUUUUAAUUUGUCGGCAAUCGGUGAUCAAAUGGACAACAUGGAAGAAGAUUUAAAAAACGGCCCAACAUCUCAAGAAUCUCCAAGUAGAGUAGUUCUCGAGCGUUCGGAUAACGACUUCUUGGAGCCCGACGAUGUUUCGAUACCUUCGAUUUCUGUUACCCUAGCCCCAUUUUAUCGCGGGACUCAAAGAAUACAAAUACUGCACCUGAAUUCGCCGUUGCAAAUUCAGUGUGCAUCGCUGAAGGUUCGGUUCGGGAUCAGUACGAAGUUUGUCGAUAACGCCGGAAGGCCAAGAUUGAGUUUUGUGGUCGACGCGUCACCGUCUCUAUGCAAGAUUCUCGAUGCAACCGAUAGUCUUGCCAAAGAGUUGUCCGUUAAUUCCGGUAGCUCGUCCGAGUGGCGACCUGUUGUAACUAGGAAGCAGGGUUUCUUCAACUCCCCUACCGUCAGAUUACACCUGCCGACUGUAGCGGAUGGUGAAAGCAGCAGAUGGGCGACAGAUAUAUACGAGAAGGAGAAUUCAUCAACACAGAAGGUUGUGUUUAGUAACAGGAAUGAAGUAGACGAGCUUUCUUCACUACUCACCCCGGGGAAUAUUCUGGACGCUUGUUUCGCAUUGGAUGCCUACGAUUAUCAGCAGAAUGCUGGCAUACGAUUGGUCGCCAAGAAACUCUUUGUUCAUUCAGGCUGAUAUACAAGUGGCUAGCUGGUUAUAAAUUCUAAUUGUUUGUGAUCGAUAUAAGUUAAUUCGGAGAAAAAAAAUGUCGUGUUGAAUCGUAAAGAUGCUUAGGUUUAACCCCUUAUGCUGUAAAUGUUGGGAUAAUUCUUCUAUAUUAUUCACUUUCUUUCCUUCACA